AUGGCGACUCCAACUUCCUCGCGCGCGCCUUCUGAUGUGCCUUCCACUCCGGAGCAAACUCUCAACGCUCGUCGUACCUCACUCGGUUUCCUUCGCCGCUCCAAAUCUACUGAACCUCUCGGUGAACACAAAGCUUCUGGUAAUCGCAAGAAGAUGACGAAAUCUCAAAUCAUGGAGGAGGAUAUGCGCCGUCAGCGCGAGUCGUACGCCCCUAAAGCCGCCCCUCGUUUGCCCGAUUUCUCCCCCACCCCGCAGCUCGAGACCUUUGGAGGUGAAGAGCGCGAUACUCUCAAGGUUGAGCCUACCUCGCCUCGUCCUCACUCUGGCUUUGUGCCUCCCCCGCAAGUCAUCGACGCUAUGGACCCCUACGCUCGUUCCGAAAGCAUGACCCACCGUGGUCGCUAUAGCUACGCCAGCAGCGCUGUCAGCACCGUCAACAGCCCUCGUCGCGUACGUCGCCGCAAGGAUCCUACUUCCUACAACAUCCUGGUGGUUGGCGCUCGUAAUUCCGGCAAGACCGAAUUCCUCAACUUUCUCCGCAAGGCGCUCACCAUGCCAGCACACAAGCACCCUAUCCGUACUGCUGAAGAACUGGAGGAGUUAGAACGCCAAACUUCCGCCUACGAAGGUUUCACCUCACAGUAUCUCGAAACUGAAUUUGAUGGGGAACGCGUCGGCCUGACCCUGUGGGAUUCCACUGGUCUUGAACGCAACAUUGUCGACCUGCAGAUGCGCGCCGUGACCGGUUUCCUGGAGAGCAAGUUUGAGGAGACCCUUGCAGAGGAGAUGAAGGUGGUGCGCUCACCAGGCGCACGCGACACUCACAUCCACUGUACCUUCCUGCUGUUGGACCCGGUUCGUCUCGACGAGAACAUCGCUGCGGCCGAGCGUUUCGCCAAUGGUACCUCCAAGGCUACUGAUACUCCCGUGAUGGGCGUCUUGGAUCAGAACCUGGACCUACAGGUGCUGCGCACCAUCCUGGGAAAGACUACCAUUGUGCCCGUCAUCAGUAAGGCGGAUACCAUCACCUCCGCCCACAUGGAAUACUUGCGCAAGGCCGUCUGGAACAGCCUCAAGAAGGCCAACAUUGAUCCUUUGGAGAUCUUGACCUUGGAAGAUCAGGAAGAGUACUCUUCAUCGGAGAGUGCGGAUGAGGAGUCGUUAGAUGAGCGCGAAUCCGAGGCCGAAUCUCCAGAAUCUUCCGGGUCGAGUGACUCCAAGAUGCCGACUCGCACGCCAUCCCAGCGUAGUCAGAGCACGCGCAAAUCCAGCGCAUCACAGGGUUCUGUCAAUCCCAACGUGCCAUUUUCCAUUCUGUCCCCGGACCCACACUCCCUCGCAUCUGGAGAAGAACCGGUCGGUCGCCGAUUCCCAUGGGGUUUCGCCGACCCAUACAACCCAGAACAUUGUGACUUUGUGAGGCUUAAGGACGCGGUGUUUACUGAAUGGCGAUCGGAGCUACGUGAGGCCAGCCGUGUGAUUUGGUAUGAGCGCUGGAGAACCAACCGUCUCAACCGCAAUGGACCGCCUGCGCCUUCGCCCGCGCCCAAGUCCUACGGUGGUCGCAAAGGACCACUUAAUGAUGGUCGUCGUACUCGUUAA